AUGGCAGAAGCAGCUCCAGCUCCGGCCGCCGCCCCGGCCAAGGCAGCCAAGAAGAAGGUUUCCAAGCCCGCGAAGAGCGGCCCGAGCGUCCGGGAGCUCAUCCUGAAGACCGUGGCCGCGUCCAAAGAGCGCAGCGGCGUGUCCGCGGCCGCGCUCAGGAAGGCGCUGGCGGCCGGAGGCUACGAUGUGGAGAAGAACAAGGCCCGCGUCAAGACCGCCAUCAAGAGCCUGGUGGCCAAGGGGACCCUGGUCCAGACAAAGGGGACCGGGGCCUCCGGAUCCUUCAAGAUGAACAAGAAGGCGGCGGAGCCGAAAGCCAAAAAACCCGCAGCCAAGAAAGCCGCACCUAAAGCCAAGAAGACCGCAGCCAAGAAACCCGCAGCGGCCAAGAAGACCAAGACCGCGGCGGCCAAGAAACCAGCCGCCGCCAAGAAGUCCCUGAAGAAGGCGAAGAAACCCGCAGCGGCCAAGAAGGCGACCAAGAGCCCCAAGAAGGCCACUAAGAGCCCCAAGAAAGCGGUGAAGAAGGCCCCCGCUGCCAAGAAGGCUCCGGCGAAGAAGGCGGCAAAGCCCAAAGCCAAGAAAGCACCACCGAAGAAGAAGUGA